AUGGAUUUGCAUGUUGUACGGAAUAGAACCCGUAAGAGGCGUAAGAAUAAUGAAUUUUGGGAUUCGAUAGCUUGUGUUAUUGGUUAUAUGUCUAUUUAUUAUGUCAAGUACAUACACAAGGAGCCAUGCAUGACUUCUUUUCAAACCGGAGAAAGAUGGAUACAAGAGUUUUUGAACAGCCAUGAAAAACGUUGUUUUAAUAUGUUGAGAAUGAAACAAAGUACUUUUUGCCAGUUAUGUACGAAUCUAGAAAGCAAUGAAACUGUUAGUAGAGUUUUUAAAGAGGUUUUAAACGCCAUGGAUGGCUUGUCAAGAGACAUAAUUAAACCAAGAGAUCCUGAAUUUAAUGAAGUGCCUACACAAAUUAGGAAUGAUGCCAAAUACAUGCCACAUUUUAAGGAUUGCAUUGGAGCAAUUGAUGGUACUCAUAUAGAUGUCAUAAUUCGUGAGGAAAAUCAAUUACGUGAGGAAGGAAAGAAACACCCACCAUUAAUAUGGGAGGGAUCAGCUCAUGAUUCUCAUAUCUUUCUUAAUACAAUUGAAAACCCAAGUCUAAACUUUCCAAUACCUCUUCUAGGAAAAUAUUACUUAGCGGAUAAAAGAUAUCCUAACAGGCAAGGAUUCUUGACACCUUAUCAUAAAAUAAGAUAUCAUGCUUCAGAAGCAUUUUCAAAUGUCGAAUGUAUUUUCAAACAAGAUGUUAAUCGUGCAGGUAUUUGGGAUCAAUCAUUCAGAGCAAUGGAGAGAUUGACGGAGAUGUCAAUCAUUGAAUACAUGCGGGUUGGCUCUCAAGAUUCAUCCUCAAUUCUCGCCUUGAUUUUCACAAGCAGAACCUUCAUCCUCUUCUUCUCGAUUCAAAAUCGUCUUUCCCUUGUCUUCUUCUCUGUGCAGCAGAAUCGGGCAGUAGACCCAGAUUUCACCGAAGCCACGAACACCACUUCUCACGGUGGUUCUACAAUCCUAAUCGGCGUUCCUCUUCUCGAUGCUAGCAUUGUAUUCUCUGAAAUUUGUGAGUUGUGUGAUGAUGAGAAUUUAAGUGUGGGCUAUGAUUUUAGUAGUAGAGUAAUUAGGGUUCGUGUGGAAAUUAUGAGCAUGAAAGUGUUUGAAUUGAAAUAUAAAGGGAAUUGUAGAGACAUAUAA